AUGCUAAGGUCAUCAGUCUCCAGAAUUACUUCCCUUCGUGGUCUAGCAAGUAACGCAGUCCGUAAGAACUUAACCAUCGGUCUAAUCCCAGGUGAUGGUAUCGGUAAAGAAGUUAUCCCAGCUGGUAAACAAAUACUAGAAAAUCUAAACCCAAAGUAUGGUUUAUCCUUCAAUUUCAUUGAUCUAGAGGCGGGUUUCCAAACUUUCUUAGAUACUGGUAAGGCUCUGCCAGAUGAAACUGUUAGGAUUUUAAAAGAGCAAUGUCAAGGUGCUUUAUUCGGUGCCGUUCAAUCCCCAACCACUAAAGUCGAAGGAUAUUCCUCUCCAAUUGUUGCUUUAAGAAAGCAAUUGGGACUAUAUGCCAAUAUUCGUCCUGUUAAGUCUGUUUCCGGUACUAAUGACAGACCAUGUGAUAUGGUUAUUGUAAGAGAAAAUACCGAAGAUUUGUAUAUUAAGAUCGAAAAGACUUACACUGAUCCUGUGACUGGUACAAAGGUUGCCGAGGCCACCAAAAGAAUUACAGAAGUUGCUACAAGAAAAAUUGCUACAAUUGCUCUAGAUAUUGCUCUACAAAGAUUGAAGCAAAAUGGCCAUGCUACCUUAACUGUUACACAUAAAUCUAAUGUCUUAUCCCAAAGUGACGGUUUAUUCAGAGAAAUAUGUAAGGAUGUUUAUGAAUCCAACAAGAACAAGUACUCCGGUAUAAAUUACAAUGAACAAAUCGUUGACUCCAUGGUCUACAGAUUAUUCAGAGAACCAGAAUGUUUCGAUGUUGUUGUCGCUCCAAACUUAUACGGUGAUAUUCUAUCCGAUGGUGCUGCUGCAUUGGUUGGUUCUCUAGGUGUUGUCCCAAGUGCAAAUGUUGGCCCAGAAAUCGUCAUUGGUGAACCAAGUCAUGGUUCUGCUCCAGAUAUUGCUGGUAAAGGUGUUGCUAACCCAAUUGCCACUAUUAGAUCUACUGCUCUAAUGUUACAAUUCCUGGGUCAUCCAGAAGUCGCCAAGGAUAUCGAAACUGCUGUUGAUGCAAAUAUCAGAGAAGGUAAUAUCAAGACUCCAGAUCUAGGUGGUAAAUCUACUACCCAGCAAGUUGUUGACGACGUUUUAUCUAAACUUGUGUAA